UAUGCAAUGGCUUCUCCUAUAACAUCUCAAGAAAAUGCAACAUGUCAAUGGCUUAGAGAAUUGCCCAAGAAAAUAAAGAAAUCGGGGCAAGAUGAUCCUAGAAGGAUUACUCAUUCUCUCAAAGUAGGAUUUGCACUCACAUUGGUCUCCAUGUUCUUCUAUGUCCAAGCUCUUUAUGAUAGCUUUGGUGUCAAUACAUUGUGGGCUAUUAUGACGGUCGUUGUUGUCAUGGAAUUUUCUGUUGGAGCAACUCUUGGAAAAGGACUAAAUAGAAUGGCAGCAACAUUGCUAGGUGGUUUUCUAGGUUUUGGAGUUCAACAACUAGCAACUUUGCCUGGAAAGACAAAUCAGCCAAUACUAUUGGCAAUUUUUCUCUUCAUCAUAGGUGCGGUGAUGACAUAUAUUAGGUGUAUCCCUGGAGUGAAAGCAAAAUAUGAUUAUGGAUUCUCAAUUUUCAUAUUAACCUUCAGUCUUGUAUCUAUAUCCGGUUAUAGAAAUGAUGAGAGUGAAACACUAGAAUUAUCUUGCAAGAGACUAUUCACAAUUAUCAUUGGAAGCAUUUUGUCUAUGAUUGUAUCCGCUUGCAUAUUUCCGGUGUGGAUAGGAGAGGAUCUUCAUAAUUCCGUUGCUAAAAACAUAGAAAAGAUAGGCGAUUUCUUAGAAGGGUUCAUCAAUGAUUCCUUUAAUGUAAUGGAGGAGAAGAAAUCCAAGAAUGAGAAAUCAUUUGCUGAGGAAUAUGAAAGUGUUCUUAAUUCAAAAACCAAGGAAGAAAACAUGGCUAAUUUGGCUUCAUGGGAACCUCGACAUGGCAAGUUUCAAUUCAAUCAUCCAUGGAAGCAAUACUUGAAAGUUGGAAACUCAACGAGGCAAUGUGCUUACAAAAUGGAAGCCCUAGAUUGCCACAUUAAGUCUAAGAUCCAAAUUACACAUGAACUAAGGAACAAAAUUAAGGAUACAUGCCAACACAUUUGCUUAGAAUCCGGGAAGGCUUUGAAGGAGUUAUCUUUAUCAAUUAAAUCAAUGAAAUGCUUAUCAAAAACAAAUUAUAAGGCUCACAUUGCAAAUGCCAAAGAGGCAAUUGAAUCCCUAAGCACUAUGUUAAAAUCAAAUCUCUCAGGAGGAGGAGUAGAGGUUAAUCUACUAGAGGUAGUGGCAAUUGCUGCAAUGGCUUCACUCCUAAUGGAUGUUGUGAUUAGCAUUGAAAGAAUUUCGGAACAAGUUGAUGAAUUAGCAUCCUUGGCACAUUUCAAGAGUCAUAAUAAUGUUCAUCAAGAUGAAACAAAAGCUACGAGAACAAGACCGUUACCUUUGCUUCGUGAAGGGAUUAUGAAACGGUUUUUCCCUCGUGACAAAAUGCCACAUCAUCACAACAACAGAAUUCAUGAGUCUUCAAUAUGUUCGCCGAAACAAAAUAGGAGUUCAACCAUAGAAGUGAUUGUUCAGUAAUCAAUUUAAUUAACUAAAUACAGUAUAAGAGUUUAAUUAUUCUUUCAUUCAUAAAAAAGU